AAAGUAAAUAGUUUAGUGAUAGAGACUUCUCGUUCCUGCCCUUUGUUUUGAGUACGCCGUACCUUGGAGAGUAAUUCAACAACGUCCUUGCUCUCAGCAAAAAAUUCAAAUGGAGUAAAUGGGGCACAGAAUCCUCACCUACAUGUAAAAUCUGGGAAUAGAGGAAGGGAGAAAUGAGAUUUAAAAGCUAAACAGGGAAAGGACGAGAAGUAUUUUUUUUUUCCUAGGUGCUUGCUUAAUCGUCUUUCAGUGCAAUGAAUUGAACUUUAUAAACCAGAAUAUAUUCGGUGCUGUCAUCUUUUUGCUGAAAAAACAAAGCUAAACCACCCUGAAUUGGACAGUUAGAAAGGGGGAAGGGGAGCCUUCUUCUCAGAAGCAUGAGGGGUAGGGAGUCCAGGAAAAAAUAAAAUAAAAUUGCAACAGCACAGCAAUUGUUCCUACAUGGUGCAUUUUGUGGCUCCAGUCACUGGAACACACAGAUGAGUCCUGACAGUCGGUGAAAUAAAAGCCAUAAAUGAUAGCUGUUCAGUCACUUGCUAGUUUCUCUACAAGCAAUCCUUGCCUUUUCCCCAGGUGAUUUGCAGGGGUUUGCUCCUCCUUUAAUAAGAUGUGAUAUGCUACCUACCAGCCACCAUCUCCCCUCUCUGGAGGCGGGGGGAUGUGGCCGUGGUUGCAUAACAGUUGCCCUGAACAUCACACAUGUUCCCAAAGCAGGAGGCUGUCCAGCUGACACUCCCUGACCACAGGCAAGUGAUGAAUUUUUUUGAAAUAUUGCAGAUAGAAUUCUAAGGAAGUGGCUUGGAAGAAACUUCCAUGGGGUACUGCUUUCUAUUAUUCUGGUUUCCCUUGCAUGUUUCACAGUAAUUUCUUUUCCACUCAUUUAGGAAAGGUAAUAUGCUUAACUCUCCCCCACUAAUGUGCAAAUAGUGCAGUAAAAUGAAUGGUAUCUAUAGAUCAAAUGUAAUCCUUCCUGCUUUUAUUUUCUUCUUACCCUCACAUCUAGUUCCUGCAUUACAUCAUUAACCACAGUGUGGUUAAGUUGCUGUGUAGCAUAACCCCAGACCUGUGGGAUUGAGGCUUCAGGGCAAGGAAGCUGUCAGUCUCCUCUGAAGCGUGGUGUUUUGCAAGCACUGUCUGAGACUAACAUGAUCAUUUUCUGUUUAUGUUAGCAGGUACUACCCCAUCUAUCAUUUAUCUGGAGUAUAAAGAAAUUAAUUAGCUGUGUGCCAAGGGUCUAGUGGGGCACAUGGCUGCUUCCCUUCGCAGAACUGCCUAAUCAUCUGUCUCAUCAGUCUGCCUGUCUUUCUCACAUACAGAAGCUGUAUGGACAAGAGAGAUCAGAGUGUUUGUGUUAACCACUUGUUGAGAGGUUUAAUUAAUGGGAGAAUGAAGGACGAACAAGAAACAGAGACAUUCAUUGUGCAGUAGGUCUGUCACUGAUCCUCACCCUCUUCUCUUUUUCCCUGCAGGAGUGGCUAUAGGGAGCAGUGCCCUGGGUAGCCAGCCAUGAUCGCCACUGGAGGCCUCCUGAGGAUCUCAGCUAGGAAACAGGAUCCCUUGCGACCACAAAGCCAAAUCCCCAAACGCAAACGUAAGGCCAAGAAGAAACGCAAAAAUGAUGUUGUGGUUGUGAAAGGCAAGCUCAAGUUGUGCUCCAUCUCAGGGCUCAUCGCCCUCUGUGGCAUCCUAGUACUGCUAGUGGGCAUCGCCUUGGCUGUUGUGGGCUACUGGCCUAAGUCCAGCCAGGUAUACAGAGAAGUUGGUGGGAGCAGGCACCUGGCCCCUCAGGGUGGCACCCCCAAGAACCGCUCCCAGAACCAGGAAGGGGCACAAGUUGAGAUCUACCCGGAGGCACCUUCCAGAGUCAACUCCACCGCUGCUAUUAGCCAGGAGUUCCCGCAGUCCCGUCCCACUUCCUCAUCCCCCCAGGCUUCAGUGGGUUUCCUUUUCCAUCUUUUCUCAAGCUACUUGCAUUCGGACAAGCUGAAAGUCUUGGGCCCCCUCAUCAUGGGUAUUGGCAUCUUCCUCUUCAUCUGCGCCAAUGCAGUACUGCAUGAGAACCGUGACAAGAAGACCAAGAUCAUCAACCUGCGGGACCUCUAUUCCACUGUUAUUGAUGCCCACAGCUUGCGGGCAAAGGAUGGAGGCGCCUCAGCUCCUCUUAAUGGCUUUGUCAAUUAUGUGCAGUCACGGGGCCUGGAGCUAAAGCCUGGUGGUGAAGGCCUGGGUGCUGCGGCUAUGCUGGCCAAGAGCUCCUGGCCACCAGGGCUGGCUGCCUCCUUUUCCCCACCUGACUUAGCAUCCUCACCACGGCGUUCCUCCUUCUGCACCUUGCCACAGCCUCCCAGCCUGGCCGAGGCUGUGUACAGCAUCUACCAGGAGCAUGCUGCCCAUACUGGCCGCACCUUCACCAGCCCACCCUGCAGCCCACCAGAGAGCUGGGGCCAGCGCAGUACAGCCAGCUCCAUUGUUGGAUCCUCUUUGAGUGCUUUCACUCUUCUGCCCUUGACACAGAGUGGCAGAGGGGGAGGCUGGCGGAGGCCUCCUGGUGAGCGGGGAGCCCAGGAAAUCCCACGAGGGGAAUUUGAACUGAGCCUGACUGACCUCAGCCACAUCGAGGGAGGCUACAGGACAAGGAGGCACAAGCUGAUUCUCAGGCGGCAGAGCACCAGCUGCUUGCCUGAUGCCAGGCGUCCCCUUUCUCCUGAGCCACCUCGGUCUCCAGCUGUCAGGGGAGGCCUGGACUCCAGCCUCCUGGCAUCUUCUAGCCACUCCAGAUCUCUGGACCUGGGGGAAUCACCUCCCUCAACUCCGCCCGCCAUCACCAGGAUGGACUCCCAGAGCUCUCAGUCUGAGCCUUCCAGCAGCAAUAAGGGCUACAGUCACCUGGAGGAGGCCGGCACCUCCUUGGAGUCAGUUGCCAAUACCCCAGCCAGUAAAAUCCAGGACAGUGAGGAGGAACCAGUUGAGAAAAUGGACCCCCUCAAGGCUACCAGCACAGAACAAACAGGGGAACAAUCUCAGCAAAUUCAAAGACAGUACACAAAGAAAGAAAAACUCUUUAUGAUUUCUAGGUCGCAUGCUGCAUUAGGGCUGGAGGAUGGGGAGCUGGAAAGUACUGGCAUCUGAAAAACCAAGAAGGCGCAAGGACACCUUGCAACCCUUCACACCUUUCCCCCUUCUUCAUCUUUUUGUGGACUUAGGAAACCAGUCUAUAUCCAAAGAGCUGCAGUAUAUGCUACCCUUGAAAAUCUGAAUUCAGUAAAUCCUGUAGAUGACUUCAGGAAGAAAAUCCUUCUGUCCGAUUGUAUGUUCCAUGCAAGCCAAAUUGUAUUAAAUAUCCACAGUGCAGCAAGUUCUUGGGAUCAGCUUAAUACAAUUUCGGACAGUAUAACCGUGCACUUUAAUUGUCUUGAUUUCCAAGUGCUCCUUCUCCUCCGAUUUCUUUCUUGCUGAUUUGCCACUAACUGCUUGAAAACCACAGGCACUUUUUUUAAGCUCAAGAGCACAGUGCUCUUUAGAUUAAGAAAGCUGAGCUCUCUCUUUGUUUUGGUUCAAUCACUAAAAAGUUUGCAAGGCCUUAAGGAUGACGUACCUUGACAAAGAAGGAGUUUGCUCAAAUUUUGGAAAAAUGAUAGUUUAGAACAGAAUAGAGCAGAACCGAGUGUUGGUAAUUUAGUUAAAACCAUACUGUUCUUCAAUUCAAAAUACCUACUACGAUGUGAUACUUUAUCAAGUAUUAUUACACAUGUAUUGAGUAAUAGCAUUAAAAGAUUUUUUUUAAUAAAACAUUUGCAAACAAAACUGAGAGAUAAAGAUCUUUUAUUUUGGUAAGUACUUACAGAUGCCAUAAAUUUCUGUUUUUGUACUGUGAAUGAUUAGAGAGAUGCUACAGGGCCAAAGGUUUGCUUAUGCUUUUAAGUGGAUAAUAAUCAUGUAGGAGUAAUUUCAAAAUAAACAGUGGUUCUGACUCUGAGAAACUAUGCUUUGGUUCAGUCAGUCAGCAAAAUCUGUCUCUAUUUCUAACAGUGUUUUGUGACAUCUGCAGGAAUGUGAGAUUUUGACGUGCUAUGGAAAAAAAAAAUACAGGUUUGACCUGUUAAAAUUAGAUUUUUUUCCUGAGUAACACAUCAAUCUCAGACUGUAGCGUAUUCUUUUAGGAGUCUUCAUUUGCAAUUGUUGCUUUAAGCCUUUCCCCCGUUCAGGUUUUCAUAUUCAUGAAAGUAUGUGCAUAAUUUUAAUUUUAAAGCAUAAUUAUAGUCCUGAAUAUCUCUGAGCUGCUCACCCUGUUGAAAUCAGUGGAAGGUUCUCAGUGACUUUGGUGUGGCGAGAGUUUCUUCUUGAGUGAGAAAAGCAUCAGGUUUCCUUAUGGCUGCUUUAUGUGUUAUAAUCCGUGGGCAGAUUUUUAGUAGAUUGAUGAGUUGUUUUAUUUUUGAACCUGCAACAUGACAGGAGUUCUUUUAUUUUGUUAAAGCAGCUCUGCAGCUUUAGAUGCUCAGGAGAUUUCAUCAGUAUUUCAGGUUUUGAAUGUGGAUGUGUCAUUUCAUCAUACACAAAGGGAAACUGACAUUAAACAAAUA